AUGGGUCCCCAGGCACUGGGGUACCAUAACCCGCUGGCCCGCAGUGCCCUGUGGAUCAGCUCUGGCAGCCUCCAGGGCCGCCCUGGCCGGGCUGCCAGGGGACUGGGUGCCAGCGCAGUGAGCUUUGCGGACUGCGGUGAGCAGCGGCGUGCCGCGUACCUCUCGGAUGACACACGCUUCAAGGUGAGCAGGGAUGGCGUCGUCUCUGCAACCCGGCCCCUGCAGCUCCAGCGGCGGGAGAUCAGCUUCUCUGUCUACACCUGGGAUGCCGCGGGCAAGAAGCAUUCGGCCAGGGUGACCUUGCGCAGGCGGUGGCACCAUCGCAACCACCACCACCAGCAGCUGGACGCGGCGCCUGACGUGCUGACCUUCCCCAAGCCCGGCCAUGGCCUCCGGCGGCAGAAGAGAGACUGGGUCAUCCCCCCCAUCAACUGCCCCGAGAACGAUCGGGGGCCCUUCCCCAAGAGGGUCGUGCAGAUCAAAUCCAACAAGGACAAGGAGACCAAGGUUUUCUACAGCAUCACGGGGCAGGGGGCGGACAGCUACCCCGUGGGUGUCUUCACCAUUGAGCGCGAGACGGGGUGGCUGGAGGUGACAAAACCACUGGACCGAGAGGAGAUCGACAAAUACGUCCUCUUCUCCCACGCUGUGUCAGCCAACGGGCAGUCUGUGGAGGACCCCAUGGAGAUCAUCAUCACCGUGACAGACCAAAAUGACAACCGGCCUGUCUUCACCAAGCAAGUCUUCAUUGGCUACAUUGAGGAGAAUGCAAAGCCAGGCACGUCCGUGAUGACCGUGAAUGCCACGGAUGCAGACGAUGGGAUCAGCAUGAACAACGGCAUCAUCGGCUACUCCAUCCUUAGCGAGGAGCCCAAGAGCCCGCAACAGAUGUUCACCAUUGACCCACAGAAGGGCGUCAUCAGUGUCAUCGGCACAGGGCUGGACAGGGAGACCACUCCCAACUACACGCUGAUCAUCCAGGCUGCGGACCAGGAGGGCACUGGCCUGACCACCACUGCCACUGCCAUCGUGGAAGUCACUGAUGCCAAUGACAACCCUCCUGUCUUCAACCCCACCAUGUAUGAGGGGACGGUGAACGAGAACGAGGUGGGGGUGGUGGUGGCCCAGCUGCAUGUGACAGACCAGGACAUGCAGGGCUCCCCUGCCUGGCAAGCCGUCUACCGCAUCAAAAGUGGGGACCAGGACGGUGCCUUCAACAUCACCACUGACCCCAAAACUAACAAUGGCAUCCUGAAAACUGCCAAGGGCCUGGAUUAUGAGACCAAGAGCCGGUACAACCUCUUGGUGACAGUGGAGAACUCUGUCCCCUUCACCGUGCCCCUGCCGCUCUCCACGGCUAGCGUCCUGGUGGUGGUUGGAGACGUGAAUGAAGCCCCCGUCUUCGUACCCCCGGUCAAGAGGGUGGAGGUGAUGGAGGACCUGCCGCUGGGGCACGAGGUCACCUCCUACACAGCCCAGGACCCUGACAGGGAUCAGAGGCAGAAAAUUACGUACCGCAUAGGCAGUGACCCCGCGGGGUGGCUGGCCAUCGACCCUGAGAAUGGCAUCGUCACGGCAGCCCAGCCGCUGGAUCGAGAGUCUGUGCACGCCAUCAACAGCACGUACAAGGCCAUCAUCCUGGCUGUGGACAAUGGGUCACCGGGUGCCACCGGCACGGGGACGCUGCUCCUCCUCCUCCAGGACGUGAAUGACAACGGGCCCAUGCCAGAGCCACGGAUCUUCGACAUCUGCAACCGGCAGCCCGAGGAGCAGUUGCUGAACAUCGUCGACAAGGACCUGCCCCCCAACACCUACCCCUUCCAGGCAAUGCUGGAGCACGGCUCCGGCAACAACUGGACCGUCAAGGUGACCGGACAAGAUCUGCUGGCACUGAACCUGGUGAAAGAUCUGGACCCAGGGGAGUACAACAUCUUCCUGAAGCUGACGGAUGGCCAGGGCAAGUCACAGAUGACGCCAGUCAAAGCUCAGGUGUGCGACUGCGAAGGGCCGGCCAAAAACUGCGAGCGGCGAGCGUACAUCGCGAGUGGACUGGGUGUCCCCGCCAUCCUGGGCAUCCUGGGGGGCAUCCUGGCAUUGCUGAUCCUGCUGCUGCUACUGCUGCUCUUCGCCAGGCGGAGGACAGUGGCUUACCACGAUGAUGAGGAGUGUGGUGGAUAGGAAGACCAGGACUAUGACCUGAGCCAGCUGCACCGGGGCCUGGAUGCCCGCCCAGAGGUGAUCCGCAACGAUGUGGCCCCGCCACUCAUGGCUGUCCCCCCCUAACGGCCCCCCCCGACACAACCGCCAACCUGCCGCCACGCUUGGCUCGCAAACCUGGCACUGGAGAAGCGGGGUGGCCCCGGCACCGUGCCUCUGCUGGAGCGGGGUGAGGUGAUAGAUAAACACAGACCAAAGAUGUGCUGUCGUGUACUAUAUCACCCGGCGCUGGGCGGCCUGCUCCUCGCCCGCCACCUCGGCCUCCUCCUCGCCGGCCUCUGCCUGCUGGGCCACGGCCCCGCCGCCCACAGCCAGGGUGUUUCGGAAGCAGAGAGAGCGCGGUGCCGGGAGGCCCUGCGGCAAGUCCUGGACCGCGUCUACCAGCCGCUGGCGGUGCGGGAGCUGCUCGUCCUGCAGGGCCGGCCCAAGCAGAGUCCUCCCUCUCCUGGGGAAGAAACAAAACCGGCCCUUGUGCGGGCUCCGGCGUGGCUGCGGCGCCUUUGUGGUCAGCUGCUCUCCGAGAGGCUAAUGAGACCCAACGGGGUUCAGGCUGUGGUUCGGGGCAUCAUGGAGGGAACAGGCGGUGAGUAGGCAGGUGGCGCUGGUGCUGAAGCAGCAGCUGUGGACUGGAGAAAAUGCGACACGGUUGCAAAGAUCCUGGCUUCCUGCCCACAGCAGUGCCUUUCCCUCGAGGACUACUACCGACUGGUCUGCCCCCAGAUUCUGGACUUGCUCCACAUCCAGGACAAACUGACAGCACGCCAGUUCCAGCGAGUGGCCACCACGACACUGCUCACCAUGGCGAAAGAGCACCCUCAGCUGGCAGAGAAGCACUUGCUCCAGCCCCUGUUGGCACCGCUCUUGCGGUGCUCGGAGACAGCAGAGCUAGCAGUGGAAGAUUUAUCAGCAGGGACUGUGCUGGUGACAGAGGCAGAGCUCGGCAGCUGCGUGGAAGAUGUGCUCAAGGUGUAUGUGGUUGGAAAUGACAGCUCGAGCCUGCUGCUGGGAUCCUUACACUCAGUCCUGGGAGUGGUUUUUUCCCUCUAUUCCUUCGCCAAGCAGAAUGUGUCAUACUUACGCUCCCCGUGCCAGGAAAUCUUGCUGUGGUUCUUGGAGAAGUCAGAGCGAGAGGUGUCACUGGCCGUGCUGGAAGGCUUUGCAGGGCUGAACAGCAGCGUGCAUGCCCUCCACCCGCAGUGCCGGUUCCGUGUGGGCAGUGAGGGUGGUGCCACCAUCGCAGUGGAGGAGAUCAUCAGCGAUGAAGAUGAGGCCCUGUACCAGAAAGUUUCCUCGGAGCAGUGCCGUGUGGAGAGCUUGGUGGAGCUCUUGUCUCACUGCCAGAGGAGUGGUCUAGCUGGAGACUUCUUCAUCCGCUGCCUGAAGGCGCUGACUUGCGUGGCUGCAGAGGACGAGGAGGCUUCCAACUUGGCUGCAGUGCCUGGAGGGAGUCUCCUGGAGUUGGAGCAGUACCACGCUGUGCAGAGGAGGAAGCUGUUGGUCCUGCAGCUCGUGGCCACGCUGUGUGAGAGCGUCUCGGACACCGUGUUCACAGACAUUGCUCAGGUGGUGGAGUUUGUGGCAGGGCAGCCGCAGGGGGGCUGGGCCGUCACAAUGGCCAGGGGGCGGGUGGCCGCCAUGCUCGGCGGAGCCGUCCAGCUGCAAUCCGGCGACUUCGCCGUGCUGAAGCGGCUGGUGCCAUUGCUGGAGGAGCUCUCCCGCACCUACCCGGAGCCCCUCACCCAGGAGUUGGCCACAGACCUGCGCAUCGCCAUCUGCACCCACGGUGCCUUCUCCCCCGGGACGGUGGGCGCCGCUGCCGACGGCGUGAUGGGAAAGAAGCCGGGGACAGGAGCGCAGAGCCCUGCUGGCAUCCCCGGCGGAGCCCCAAGCCCAGCGGGUGGCCAGGCACCGCCACGGCACAGCUGCAGCAGCCCCUCGGCUCCCAGGGAGAGGAGCGAAGAGCAGAGCGUGAGCCAUGAGCCCGGCAUUGCGGGUCCCGCUGCAGCCCCGUGUACCGACAGCCCGGCCCCGGCCGGGCUCCAGGAGCUCCUGGUAUCAGCCUACGACCCCCAGCCCCCCGGCCGGGCAGCAGCCCUGCGCCGCCUCGCCAGCCUGAUCACACAGCGGGAUCCGGAGGCACUUCGGCUUCAGGAGAAACUCCUCCAGGUGUUCCUGGAGAACAUGCAGCACGAGGACGCCUUCGUCUACCUCUCCGCCAUCCAAGGCAUUGCCCUGCUCUCCAGUGAGUACCCGGAGCGGAUCCUGCCUGUCCUGCUGGUGCGGUACGGGUGUCCAGUGCAGGGCACGGAGGACACCACAGCCACCAUCACCAGGAUGAAGCUGGGCGAGGUGCUGAUGCGUGUCACCCGGGCACUGGGGGACAUGGUGUUCAAGCACCGGGAGCCGCUGGUCCAGGCUUUCCUGCGGGGCGCGCGGGACCCCGACAGCACCCUGCGGGCCAGCAGCCUCUCCAACCUCGGCGAGCUCUGCCAGCGCCUCGGCUUUCAGCUGGGCUCCAUCAUCCAAGAGGUCACCUCCUGCUUGACAGCCAUAGCCAAGACGGAUCCCGAGGCAGAGGUGCGAAGAGCCGCUGUGCAUGUGGUGGUGGUGCUGCUGCGGGGGCUCAGCGAGAAGGCCACCGAGGCCCUGCGGGCCCGCUCCCGCCUGCUGAAGCACGUGGUGGUGGCCGAGCCCGACGGUGCGACAGUGCUGCACGCCCAGCUGGCGCUGGAGGAGCUGGACACAGUGAUGAGGAGGGUCCUAUUCCCACCACAGACUCUGGAGAAGAAGAUUGUGGUGCUGCCAUAG